UGUCGGCCUUAUCCCCCUCCUUCUCUCCGCAAAUUAGGAAUCGGGGCUAAUUGUACCCCGCUGCCCCCGCCCCCCCGGAACCUGCACUUCGCUCGCCGUGCCUUUUUUUUUUCCUCCUCUCGCUCUUUGCCGUUUCUGCCUCCAAACGCUCCUUUGCGUGGAAGAAGGAGAAGGGAAAAAGUUGGGAGCGGAUGGCUGUAGUUUCUUCUCUGGGAUCCUCAUUCAUUCCUCGCUGAACCUCCUGUUGCAUAAAUGAUGCUCCAGGAGCGAGGCUUUGCCUGUUUUUUUCUCCUCCGGAUUUGGGUUUAAGAGUGGAUGUUCCCGGGUUUUGCCUCUUUGGAAAUACAAUAUCGCCUUUUUUUUUCUUCUUGUUGUUGUUUUUUUUUUUUUUUUUUUUUUGGUUGUUUUUUUGGCUACCCCUCCAUCUUUUUUUCCCCUCCCUUCUUCUUCUCAACUACCCACCCCCCGAACCCCCUUGAAAAAAAAAGCAAAAUCCGACUGUGUUUCCUGCAAGGCUCGGGAUUUCUGAUUGCGGUUAUUUCCAUGUUUCUAGGUUUGUGUGAUUUUGCUAAAAUGCAUCACCAACAGCGAAUGGCUGCCUUAGGGACGGACAAAGAACUGAGUGAUUUACUGGAUUUCAGUGCGAUGUUUUCACCUCCCGUGAGCAGUGGGAAAAAUGGACCAACUUCCUUGGCAAGUGGACAUUUCACUGGCUCAAAUGUAGAAGACAGAACCAGCUCAGGGUCCUGGGGGAAUGCAGGACAUCCGAGUCCAUCCCGGAACUAUGGAGAUGGGACUCACUACGAUCACAUGGCCAGCAGAGACCUCGGCUCCCACGACAAUCUCUCUCCUCCCUUUGUCAAUUCCAGGAUACAAAGUAAAACAGAACGAGGUUCCUACUCAUCAUAUGGACGAGAUUCCAACUUACAGGGCUGCCACCAGCAAAGUCUCCUGGGAGGGGACAUGGACAUCGGCACCCCCGGAGCGCUGUCCCCGUCCAAGCCCGGCUCCCAGUACUACCAGUAUCCCAGCAAUAAUCCGCGCCGGAGGCCUCUCCACAGCUCCUCCAUGGAAGUUCAGACAAAGAAAGUUCGGAAAGUUCCUCCAGGUUUGCCAUCCUCAGUUUAUGCUCCCUCAGCCAGUACUGCCGACUACAACAGGGAUUCUCCGGGUUAUCCCUCCUCCAAACCAGCAGCCAGCACUUUUCCCAGCUCCUUCUUCAUGCAAGAUGGCCACCACAGCAGCGACCCCUGGAGCUCCUCCAGCGGGAUGAACCAGCCUGGCUAUGGGGGAAUGCUGGGCAACUCUUCCCACAUUCCCCAAUCCAGCAGCUACUGCAGCCUCCACCCGCACGACCGCUUGAGCUACCCAUCCCACUCCUCAGCUGACAUCAACUCCAGUCUUCCUCCAAUGUCCACGUUCCACCGCAGCGGGACCAACCACUACAGCGCCUCGUCCUGCACCCCUCCAGCCAACGGCACCGACACCAUCCUGGCCAACAGAGGAAGUGGGGCAGCGGGAAGUUCGCAGACUGGUGAUGCCCUGGGGAAAGCACUCGCCUCUAUCUAUUCUCCAGAUCACACCAACAACAGCUUUUCAUCAAAUCCUUCAACUCCUGUUGGUUCUCCCCCUUCUCUCUCAGCAGGAACAGCUGUUUGGUCUAGGAAUGGAGGUCAAGCGUCAUCAUCUCCCAAUUAUGAAGGUCCCUUACACUCCCUGCAGAGCCGGAUCGAGGACCGGCUGGAGCGGUUGGACGACGCCAUCCACGUGCUGAGGAACCACGCGGUGGGAGCCGCCCCCAUGGCCGGCGCCCACGGGGACAUGCACGGGCUGCUGGGCGCCCACAACGGCGCCAUGGCCGGGCUGGGCGCCGGCUACGGCACCGGGCUGCUCUCGGCAAACCGCCACUCCAUCAUGGUGGGAGCGCACCGGGAGGAUGGGGUAAGCCUCCGUGGGAGCCACUCGCUCGUGCCCAACCAGGUGCCUGUCCCGCAGCUUCCCGUCCAGUCGGCCACGUCCCCGGACCUGAACCCACCCCAGGAUCCCUACAGGGGAAUCCCGACGGGACUGCAAGGCCAGAGCGUCUCGUCGGGCAGCUCUGAGAUCAAAUCCGACGACGAGGGCGACGAGAACCUCCAGGACACCAAGUCUUCGGAGGACAAGAAACUGGAGGAUGACAAGAAGGAUAUCAAAUCCAUUACUAGGUCAAGAUCUAGCAAUAACGACGACGAGGACCUGACCCCCGAGCAGAAGGCGGAGCGGGAGAAGGAGCGGCGCAUGGCCAACAACGCGCGGGAGCGGCUGCGCGUGCGCGACAUCAACGAGGCCUUCAAGGAACUGGGCCGCAUGGUGCAACUCCACCUCAAGAGCGACAAGCCCCAGACCAAACUCCUCAUCCUCCACCAGGCUGUCGCCGUCAUCCUCAGCCUGGAGCAGCAGGUCCGAGAACGGAAUCUGAAUCCAAAGGCCGCGUGCCUGAAAAGAAGGGAAGAAGAGAAGGUCUCCUCGGAUCCGCCCCCGCUGUCCCUGGCAGGGCCCCACCCUGGGAUGGGAGAUGCCUCCAAUCACAUGGGACAGAUGUAAAAAGGUCCGAGUCGCCGCAUUCCUGCCUGGAAAAGCGAGAGACCACUUCCUUAUCCGCUGUAUUUCUCUUAAAUUCCCACAUAAACACUUCUCCUUGCGAAACCCCUUUGUUUUGUAAAGAUAAGACAAGUCUGAGCAGUUCUGAAUCCCAGACGCAAAAAGAGAUUCCAGCAUUCCCGAGGGAAAAAAACAAACAAACAAACAAAAAAAAACCCACGGAACCCAACGAGAAAAAAACGAAACAAAAAAAGUGCAACUUCUGGAGGGAUGACUCUCUUUGAACAUAUCAAGCAGAAUGUCCAACUUGGAAUUCCGAGACUGAAUGGCAAUCUUUUUCCACACUGUGGGACAAUGCAUUUGUGCCUAAAAUUCCUUGGGUUUUUUUGGGUUUUUUGGGUUUGGUUGGCUUUUUUUUGGUUUCGUUUUUGUUUUAUUUUUUGGUGGGUUUUCAGUGGUUUUUUUUUUUUAUUUGGACAAAAAAAGAAAAGCAAAAAAGGGAAAAAAAACUUUAAAAAAAAAAGAAAAAAAAAACAAAGAAUUUGUAAAAGCCUGAGGAUUAAAAAAAAAAAUAUUUAAUUUAAAAACAAACAAAAAACCACAAAAAAAGGUAAACUUGCAAUAAUGAUAAAAAGUGUACUUCUGAAGAGGGGAAAAUGAGACAAACAAAACUAAGGGAAAACGACGGAAAAUGAGGUGGGUUUUUUUUUGUUUUUGUUUUGAGGGGUUGGUGUUUCUGCUCGUUAUCCUCUGGGAUGACAGAUUCCCGAAAUAUUCCCAAAACCAGCGAAAACAUCCCGACAAAACGAAACAGAAGAAAAAAAAAUAGGACCUGAGAAUUUUAGCCAUUCCUUAGGGUAGGAGAAACAGAUGGAUCUUAUAGACCUAUGACAAAUAUAUAUAUAUAAAUAUAUAUAUAAAUCUAUAUGAGAAAUUUAGUGCAGAUGAUGGGUAAGGUUUUGUUCCUUCCAUUCUGAACUUUUUUUUUUUUUUGGCUCCUGUAAAAAGAUUAAAAAAAAAAAAAAAAGGAAAAAAACCCAUGACAAAAUGACAAAAAAAAAGGAGAAUAGGAUUAACUUUUUUAAGAAAAAAAAGACGAAAAAAGAGCUUUUCCUGUAAAUAUGGAAUUUUUGGGGGGCUUCCCCCUCUUUUCCUUGUUUUUUUUAUUAUUGUUAUAUUUGGGUUUUCCCCCCUGUUUUCCUGGAGCCCGGAGUGCCGACUCCGCGCCGAGCGGGUGGACCCGCUGGCCCUGCCGUUGCUUCUUAUCCAUAACAAAUUCCCUGGGACUUUUUUUGGUGGGGGGAGGGUGGUGGGAAAUUUAAACAAACAAACAAAAAAAACCAAACAAACAAAAACAAAACAAAACAGCCGGAUUUGGGCCCUGUUUUUUUCUGGGAUUUUCCGAGGUGCAAGGUUAGGAUGCUACAAUGUUACCACUGUGCCUUCCAAUGUUUCUCCAUCGGCAGAACAUCCCAUCCUCCGAGUGGCUGAUUCCGCGUUCCCUCUGUGUGUAGCAAUUCCAGGGGCUGGGGGGGAGUGGGGGAAAUUCCACGGAGUGGGAUGGAUUGACUCCAUGUGCGGACUUUUUCACCCCCCGCUGUCGUUUUCCUUGUUUCCGAGUGGAUUUUUCCCCCCCAAGCGCCUCAUUUUUGUUGUUGUAUUGUUGGUUUUUUUUUUUUUCUUCUGUGGGAAAUGCCAAUUUUUUGGGGUCCUUACGAGCCUUAUGAGUCCUAAAAGCAUUAAGUUGCACUUUGUCCAGGAGGGGGUUGAUUCCCGGAAUUCUCUGGCCAGUACAAAGGAAGUUUUUCCCGACCACGCCACCGGUGGCGCCACAGCUCCGAAGUCUCGGCACGACCCGACUUCCAGAGUGACUCCCAAUCCCGAGUGACUUUGGUGUACAAAACCAAGCCAGUGCUCAUUAAAUAUUUAUCAGCAUCCCUUUCCGUCUCCAAUCCCAUUUUUUUUCCAGCCUGGCGUGGCUUCCCACUACAACCCCCCCUGCCUCCCCCCUCCUCCCCCCUUGUCCAAGUCGAAUUCCCGCUGAAUAAACGCCAUAAAUCCAUCCCCAAAACGGUCUAAACGCUCCAUCUGUUCUCCUGGUUUGCCAGUUUUCCAGAGGCCUGGGAACAAAAAAAAAUCCAACCACAGACAAAAAGAGAGACGUUUGUACAUUUUAUGCAACAAAACCCGGCCUGGCCGGCUCGUUAUUUUGGAAUUGUGUAUGUAAAAGUUCUAUUUUUCCAUGUAGACUCGUUAUUCCGUGUUUUCCUACGUUGUGUCGGGGUCAGGGCAUCGUUGCGGUGGUUUUUUUUUUCCAGUGUAUUAAAUUCUGGGUGGUUGAAUGAACGAAAAAGAAUCCCAGGGAGUGUCCUUGAAGGGGAAAAAGAAGUGGAAUUUUCCUGUUCUGAGAAAAACCGGGAAGAACAAACCGAAUUCCCCACGUGCUCCCAGAGAAUCCGUUCAGGAAACUUCCGGCUUUCAAGGUGUCGAUAAGUUGCCAAAAUGUGGAGGUGGAGUCAACCGGGGGAAAACUAAGCCCGGGCUUAAAUCCAGGUGGGAAUACGGCGGGACUCGGAGUCGGGCUUGGCUGAGGGGGAGUGAGAACUCUGGAAUUCCGGAGCUGGCAGGAGCAUGAUGCCAAGGAACACGAGCCAUAAAUUCCAUUUCCCAGGAAAUCUCAGCCCCGUUGGAUCACACUGGAUUGGGGUGUCCAAGCGCAUCACUCUGCCAGGAUCAGGUUCAGCAGGAAAUGGAGAUUCCAAGGAUUGAAAUGCUGGAAAACCCCAACUUGAUGUUUGUUAAACUCCAUUUCUGGAUGGAAAGAAAUGAGGAAUUUUGGAUAAAGAAACAAGGAAUUUUGUUCCCGGAACUGGAAAAGCAAGGGAAAGGUUUCCUUGUUCCGUGUAUCCGGGAUGCUCCCUCAGCCAGCCUGGAUGGAAGAGCCGAAGAUCCCACUCCGGAUGAGCCAAGAUUUAACAAAACCACCCCCCGUGAGUGUCUGAUCUGUGAUUUGUCCUUGUUUUCCCAGCCCAGGGAAGGCCUGCACGUCGUUCUCUGAAGCUGUGGAGGUUUUUAUUCCCUGUGGGAAUAAAACCAGGUUGAAAACUCCCUGAGGAAAGGCAAAAUCUCAAUUUUUUUUUAGCAGCUUUUCCCCCACCCAGAUCCACCUCCACAUGUCAGGAAUUUUUGGAUCUGCUGGAUCAGGAAUGUUCAGCUGAAGCUUCCGAACCGCUGAGUUGCGAGAAUGCUCCGAGUGCCAGCGAGGGAACUUGUAGUGAUUCAGUCUUCCGAGGUUUUUUUGGAAUUGUUUUCCAGGAUUUCAGGGGGCGGGAGGGAGGGAAGGUGCUGGAAAGGGCGAUCAGGGAGAAAUGAUCCAUAUCCACACUCCAAAUCUGACCAGUGCCAGGAACAAGGAGAUUUUGGUGGAAAGAAGCACAAACUUCAGAGAUUAAAAAAAAAAGGCAACAAAAUUAAAAAAAAAAAAAAAAGUGGGGGGAAAUAUUGAAAAAACACAGAUGAAAAAAAUCAGGAAAAUUCCAACUUUUCCACUGGCUUACCAGAAAAAAAAACAAAAAAAACCACAAAAAAAACCUUGGAGGUGGAAUAGUGUGGAAUUCUAACACAGUGGGGCCUGGGAAGGCUCAAGUGUUUUGGUUCAUUUCUGACUUUUUGGGUUGGUUUUGUUUGAUUUUGGGGUUUUUUUUUUCCUGGAAAAAAACCCACUUUUUUGGUUGUGGUUUUUUUUUUCCUUGUUUUUUUGUUUUUCCUCCGGGACUUGAAGUCGCCUCAUGUUCGUGCAGUGCUGGGCGUGGCCCCUCCUCAUUUUCGAGUAUUUUAGCCCUUCUGUAAUGGUGAGAAAUGAUGAUGAACUGUGGCCUUUUUUCCUUCUUGUUACUUGUGAUGCAAUUUCGGUGAAAAAAAAAGAAGAAUUAAAAAAAAAAAGUGAAAAAAAAAGGCUGAAAAGCCUAAAAAAAAACCACACAAAAAAAGCGAGAGGUUUUACCAUGUAUCAGUGCCUGGCUUUUUGUUAUAAAGCUUCGUUUGUCUAGUGCUCUUUUGGAAUAAAAUAGACGUAGGACACCCUUGUAGGAUGGAAAAACUAGAGAAUCCACCUCAGUUUACUGACAAGAAAAAAAUAAAUAUAUUUGGCUUAUUUUUCA